AUGGCGAGCGCACAAAUUCCCGAAAGCAAUGUCGACGUGCUCAUCAUUGGCGCCGGCCCUGCGGGGUUGAUGGCUGCCGCGUGGAUGGCGCAUUGCGGCGUCAAGGCUCGCAUCGUCGACAAGAGAAACACCAAGAUCUUCUGCGGCCAGGCCGACGGCCUGCAAUGUCGCAGUCUGGAGAUCUUUGACUCGCUUGGCUUCGCGGACCGCGCGUGGAAGGAGGCCAACCACAUGAUUGAGAACCCCGGCAACGAUGGCAUCAUCCGCCGCAGCGACAGAAUCCCCGACACCAUCGUCGGCCUCUCCCGCUUUCAGCAGAUCGUCCUCCACCAGGGCCGCAUCGAGCGCUUCUUCCUCGAGAACAUCAAGAAGCACUCCAAGGGCGCCAUCGAGGUCGAGCGCGGCGUGCUCCCCGAGUCCCUCACGAUCGACGAGUCCAAGGUCGACGACGACGCCGCCUACCCCGUGACCGUCAAGCUCCGCCAGCUCAACGAGGAGGAGUCCACGCCGCCCCAGGCCGCCAACGCCAGCAAGGUCGCCGACGGACUCUUCCGCAGCAACCUCGUCCAGAACGACGACGAGGACGACCUCAUCCGCAAGAGCAAGACCCGCGCCGGCGACAGCGAGAUCGUGCACGCCAAGUACGUCAUCGGCUGCGACGGCGCGCGCAGCUGGACGCGCAGGCAGCUGGGCUUCGAGCUCGACGGCGAGGCGACCGAUUUCAUCUGGGGUGUCAUGGACAUCAUCCCCAUCACCGACUUCCCUGACAUUCGUAUGCGAUGCGCCAUUCACUCUGCGGAGAACGGCAGUUUGAUGGUCAUUCCCAGAGAGAACAAGCUGGUCCGCCUGUACAUCCAAUUGAAGGAGAUUAGCACCGACGUCUCAGGAAGAGCCGACCGCUCCAAGAUCACCCCUGAAAUCAUUUUUGGAGCUGCUCAGAAGAUCCUCAGCCCGUACAAGAUUGAGUACGAGUACUGCGACUGGUGGACUGCGUACCAGAUUGGCCAGCGUGUCGGCACCACCUUUGACGCGCACAGUCGCGUCUUUCUCGCCGGUGAUGCCGUCCACACUCACUCCCCCAAGGCUGGCCAGGGCAUGAACGUCUCCAUGCAGGAUACUUACAACCUCGGUUGGAAGGUCGCUCUGGCUGCCAAGGGUAUCGCCAAGCGCAGUAUUCUCAGCACGUACCAGAGCGAGCGUCGCCGUGUUGCCCAGGACCUGAUCGAGUUCGACCACCGCUUCUCCCGUCUCUUCUCCGGCCGCCCUGCCAAGGACGUCAUGGACGCCGAGGGCGUCAGCAUGGAGGUCUUCAAGGACGCCUUCCUCAAGGGCAACAUGUUCGCCUCAGGUCUUUCCGUCAACUACGGCCCCAGCAACCUCGUGAUCAAGGCCGGUGAUGCCUUGGAGCAGGGUGACGGCAGCAAGGCCGUCGAGGCCACCGCCGUCGCUGUUACUACCGAGGAAUUUGAGAAGAAGCAGGCCCUCGCCAGCGGCUUGCCCGUCGGUAUGCGUUUCAACAGCUUCAAGGUCCUCAACCAGGCAUGCGCGCGCCCGUGGCACUUCCAGGAGCGCCUCAAGGCGGACGGCCGCUUCCGCGUCGUCCUCUUCGCCGGCAACAUCCUCGACGCCGCGCAGAAGGCCCGCGUCGACAAGUUCGCCGCGGCGCUGGAUGCGCCCGAGAACUUCCUGCGCAAGGCGACGCCCGCCGGCGCCCCCAUCGACAGCGUCAUCGAGGUCCUCACCAUCCACUCCGCGAAGCGCACUGAGACGGAACUGCUCCGCGACUUCCCUGACAUCCUCCAUCCUCUGGACCCCCACUUCGGCUGGGACUACAACAAGGUCUACGUGGACGACGAGAGCUACCACGAGGGCUUUGGCGAUGCGUACAAGAACUACGGCGUCGACAAGCAGAGGGGCUGCGUUGUCGCUGUCCGCCCUGACCAGUACGUUGCGUGGGUUGGUGAGCUGGAGGACUUUGACCAGUUGCAGAAGUACUUUGAGGGAUGCUUGGUUCUUGGACAGGGUGCUACCAACGGUGUCAAUGGUCACGCCAACGGCACGAACGGAACUGAGCUGCCGGUCCGAUGA